UGUUAAUAUUCCUGUGAUGCUUUUGCCUGAUGACUUCCGUGCAUAUUCAAAAAUUAAAGUCGAUAAUCAUCUUUUUAAUAAUUAAUUUUCAUAUGCUUUAAAAAUAACUGAUGUGGAGAGCAAAUACCUUCAGCAAAGAAAACUGAUUUUGGACUAAUUCAUGAAAAAUCCACACAUCUCUCAAUGUCGGUUAGUAAAAUUGCUGGAAACUGGAAGGUCGACGGUACAAAAUGUAUUGUCAAAUAUCAAGAAAAAUUGCAGCAUUGAGAGAAAGGCGGAAUCUGGCGGAAAUCAGGCACUAUAAAUAAGAUAGUGGAGAAGGCUGUUCCAAGGACUUUGGAGAGGAAUCCGAAUCUCUCUGAACGUGUUGUCGCACCUGGAGUGUUGUUCUGAGAGCCUGUAUUGUUUUGGCCUGAUUUGGCAACAAGCCAUUGCGCAAAAAAACGCAAGAGUUUUAUGCACAAAAUGGAAUCAAGAUUUUACUAAAAGAGUCCAAUCCUCCGAAUUGCCCAGAGCUCUAAACGAUCGCGCGUUAUUGGGCCUAUAUGAAAUCAAAAUUAAAAAAAGAAACAUAAUGCACACCUCCAAGAAUAUCGCAGUUCCGCAGAAUGUGGCGAAAAUAGGCUCAAUCGAUCAACGAAAGGGAUGUCCAAGUAUGAAUGGCGGGCUCAUCUCUAAAGUACGGGUAUUUUGGCGUGGAAGUUAAUUCUAAUAAUAUUUGUAAAUCUUUCAUCUAAAUAGAAAUAAAAUAAGGUUCUAUAAAAGUUUCGAAGUUUUCGAGUUAUUCAUAUUUAAAUUAGUUUUUUUGUUACUUAAUACCUGCCAGAUUUCAACUGAAGCAGUUCUUACAUAUGUAUAUAAUAUAUACAUAUUAUGUAUACGUAAUUGCUGUACCUAUUUCAUUGUAAGUUCUUUUCAUUACCGUUAAGCAUUUAUUUUAGUUUAAGGGCUAAUUAUUAAGUUUAUUUCUUCUGGUUUACAAUUUUCUCACCAAGUGGUAUAUGUAUACACGAAAGACAGAGCUUAAACUUUUCGACCUAGCGGCACUCGCUUAAACUGUUUGUAGGUGUGCACAAUUUUCGAAGUUCUUUUGUUAGUGAGUUGAUGGAGAGGAAAAAAUUAACCAACUUAGGAAAAUUUUCGAGAAAUCUCGCAAAUGUUUAAAUAAAAAGAUACACAUAAAAAGUGAAACCGUGCAAAAGCAUGUUCAAAUAAUAAUAGAAAACGCCAACUAAAUUCGCGGAAUUUUAAACGCAAAUAAUGAUCACAGUCUUGAAAGCCAAAAGAGGCAAGCAGAACAAAUCUAUUCAGAGGUACGAGACAAAAUACUUAAAACAUUUGCGAAACAAAAUAUUAACAUAAAAAUACCAUUUGAACUUGGUACGCCCAUUUUAUAUACAAUAGUAGAGGAAUCAAGUGAUUCCGAAGAAGAUAGUGUGUGGGAGAAACGCAACGUACCAGCAAAAUGUCACAAACCGUGAUUGAAAUUCUAAAUACGGCAUCGAGGCUGAUACCCGAAUUCGAUGGUAGGCAGGAACAUUUGCGAGGCUUCUUAGAUGCGCUAAGGUUAGUAGAUUCAAUAAAAGAAACGCAUGAUACAGUCGCAGUGCAACUAGUAAAAACAAAACUUAAGGGCACAGCUCGAAAUUUGAUUUCUACGGAAGAUACAAUUUUAGCAAUAAUUGCGAAACUAGAGAGCUCCGUUAGAGGUGUAUCUGUUGAAGUACUAUCAGCAGGGGUUUUAAACAUCAAACAAAAUAACAAAUCCGCGAAUGCUUUCACGAAAGAAAUUGAAGACCUAACAAAAUGUUUGGGAUCUGCGUACAUAGCAGAUGGAUUGCCUCCUCAGUUGGCAGAAAAAUAUUCCACUAAAGUGGCAGUCCAAGCAAUGUCUAAGAACGCGAGCAAUAAUGAAGUAAAGUUAAUUUUGAAAUCUGGUCAAUUUACUAAAAUGAACGAGGCUGUUACAAAGUUUGUGAACAGUUGCAACGAAACAAAUGACGGUUCAGUUUUAUUUCUUAGCGGAAGUAAAUUAAAUGCUCAGUUUAUUAACAGCAACUGCAAUGGCAAUCGUAGACGUGGGUUUACGAGUGGCCGUAGUUACUACAGAGGAGGACUCGAAAUCGAAACAGUAGUUCCGCACCAAGACAUGUACGCUACGUAAACGAAGUAGAGCAUUCGGAAAACACGGACAGUACCUCGAAUAUUCAAAACUAAAAACAUACUCUAAUCAUAUUUUCCACUUAAAUCUACAUCUCAGCAGUUAUAUUUCGAUUUUCACAACUUUUGGUACCCGGAAAACAACCUUUUUAGUUGACACUGGGGCGGAUAUCUCGCCCAUAAAGCACAACUGCAUUAACAAAAACCUACAAAUAAAUACGAACAUUAGAACUACCUUAACUGGUAUAGGUCAAGAAUCCUUAACCACUAUUGGAUAUGUUAAUACUGAUUUAAAAGUUGAAAAUAUAUUAAUUAAUAACGACUUACAUGUUGUAGAAGAUAGUUUCCCUAUUCCAAGCAAUGGAAUUGUGGGACUAGACUUUUUGAAAAAAUUUAUCUGCAAAUUGGAAUACGGGCGUCAGCAGGAUUGGUUAGUUUUACGACCACAAAAUUUUCCAGAGGAUAUCGCAAUCCCAAUGCACAGCGCACCGUCUCCCAAUUCGUUAUCACUCCCAGCACGAUCCGAGGUAGUAAGACACAUUAAAGUUGAUUUUGAUGAAUAGGAUGCAUUCAUACCGCUCCAACAACUUCGAAGCGGAAUAUACGUAGCUAGUACAAUAGUUUCAAGAUCGUAUCCAAUAGUCCAUAUUAUAAACACAAAUAACGAGAAUGUUUUUAUAGAAAAGUUCCAUAUCUACAUAGAAAAACAAGUAAGUACAAGUAGAGAUGCGAAUGUAAUGGAUAAACUAUCUCAGCGUUUGUAAAGCAAAAACUAAUUAACUUAUGUACUCAGUUUACUGGCGUUUUCGGACUAGAGAAUGAAGAAAUAAGUGGGAAUAAUUUUUAUCGACAAAAGCUGAGGCUUAAAGACACUACACCGGUUUACAUCAAAAACUACAGAAUACCUUACUCUCAGAAAUCGGAUGUGCAAAAACAAAUCGAUAAGUUGUAAGAAGAUGAUAUAGUAGAACCAUCCAUAUCAGUACAAUAGCCCAAUUCUGCUAGUUCCUAAAAAGACAUUACCUGGAAAACCAGAGAAACGAUGGCGUUUAGUAGUGGACUAUAGGCAGAUAAAUAAGAAACUUCUUGCAGAUAAAUUUCCGUUGCCACGCAUAGAUGAUAUUUUAGAUCAACUAGGCAGAGCCAAGUAUUUUUCUUGCUUGGAUCUAAUGACAGGGUUUCAUCAAAUUUAGCUUGAUGAAAAUAGUAGAGAUAGAGUAGGGUCAUUUUCCACCGAAAAAGGCUCACUCCGGUUUAAGCGGCUUCCGUUUGGGAUUAAAGGCGCUCCAAAUUAAUUUCAGCGCAUGAUGACGUUAACUUUCGCGGGCUUAACACCUGCACAAGUGGUUCUAGGUUGUUCAGAAAAGCACAUGCUGAAUAAUUUAUAAAAUGUUUUUGAAAUAUGCAGAAAAUACAACUUGAAACUAUAUCCGGAACAGUGCACGCUUUUAUUCACGAGGUAACGUAUCUGGGUCACAAAUGUACAGAUAAAGAAAUUUUGCCCGACGACAGCAAGUUUGAUAUUAAAAACUACCCGAAACCCAAAAAUAGUGAAGAGGCGAAACGCUUUGUAUCCUCUGUUAAUUACUAUAGGCGCUUUAUUCGCAGCUUUGCAGAGUAUGCGCGGCACCUAACUAAGCUAGGCAAGGUGUAUCUUUUUGGAAAGGUGUAUAAUUUACAUGGUCAAACGACUGCGAAAAGGCCUUCAACUACAUAUUUGAAAUCUUCACUGAUAGAUCCACCGCUCUUGAAGUAUGCCGAUUUUGAAAAAGCGUUCGUAUUAACGACCGACGCCAGUAAGUUAGCCUGUGGGGCUGUUUUAAGUCAAACGUACGGAGUCGACCAAUUACCAAUAGCUUUUGCGUCAAGAGCUUUCACAAAAGGUGAGAGUAAUAAAAGUACGAUAGAACAAGAGCUCGCAGCUAUACACUGGACAAUCACGCAUUUUAGCCCGUAUAUUUAUGGAAUACAAUUUUUAGUUAAAAGUGAUCACAGACCACUCACGUAUUUGUUUACGAUGAAAAACCCGUCAUCGAAAUUAACCAGAAUGAGAUUAGGCCUAGAGGAAUAUGAUUUCACAAUAGAAUAUAUCAAAGGAAAGGAAAAUUACAUUGCUGAUGCGUUGUCCCACAUCGAUUUAAGAGAUAUAAAGCAAAUAGCUGAAGCUAAAACCAAUAUUUUUAAAGUCACAACCCGAUCACAAAUGAAACAAAUACAAAAUAAUGCAAUAAAACCAGAUCACACAAACACAAACAUUGCAGUAUAUUUUCCUAAAGUUUAUGAGGCAAUCACUAUUCAAAAAGUUAGGAAAAUGGUUUGCUUAAAGUUUUAUGCUAAUAAAUGUGUAAUUAGACAUAGAAAGACAAUUUUAGGCAGCAUCGCUGCAAACGAAUAUGCUACUAAUGGAGAUAUAAAUUUAGAUUUAUUUUUUCCAAGGCUGGAGAAAGAAGCCAGUAGCUUGAAAAUUAGGAAAAUUAGAAUUUCUCUUAACGAAGACAUAUUUGAUAAAAUCCGGAUUAAAAUUUUUAAAGAAAUAAGGGAAAAAUUAUUAAAAACUUUAACGAUAGCGCUAUCACCAAAAAUAUCGACAAUUACAAAUAAAAAGGAAAAGAUGAACAUUAUAAAAAGAUACCAUGAUGACCCUGCUUUUGGUGGCCACCCUGGGUUACUAGGUUACUACAAAAAAUCAGACGUUACCAUUUUUGGAAAGGCAUGACAAAAGAUAUAACAAAAUACGUAAAACAGUGUACCGAUUAUCAGAAAAAUAAGACAUUGAUUAAUACCAAACAACCAUUAAUUAAAACCGAAACUCCCGUAAGUUCAUUCAAUACAAUUAUAGUUGACACCAUCGGACCUCUACCAAGAACAGAAUCUGGCAACGAAUACGAAUACAAAAUACUUAAUUUCAGUGUCAAUGCCUGACAAAACCGCAAAAAUAGUAGCUAAAAAUAUACUGGAAAGAUGUGUUCUUAUAUUUGGGGUACCAAAUAAAAUUUUGUCAGACAUGGGUACUAAAUAUAAAAAUCAGGUGUUAGAAGAGCUAUGCAAAAUUUAAAUAUAACUAAAAGCUGCGGCUUAUCAUCAUCAAACUGUAGUUACAGUUAAAAGAAGCCAUAGAAUGUUUAACGAAUAUAUUAGAUCAUAUAUUGCAGGUAGGCAUGACUGGCACACUUGGCUGAACUACUACAUGACUGGGACAAUUGGCUUGCUACAACACAACACCGUCAACUACUCAUAGCUAUUGUCCUUUUGGAUUAGUUUUUGGAAAAAUUUCAAAUAUACCGGAAUUUCUAACAACAAAUAGCAUCGAACACAUCGAAUAUAACAUAGAAGCAUACGCAAAAGAAGUCAAAUUCCGGCUUCAACUAGCUCAGAUAAGAGCGAGGAAACUAAUUGAAAAGUUUAAGGGUAUACAAAAGAGCAAAUACGAUGAGUAUACGAAUGAAAUACAAUUAUCAGUCGGUAGUAAAGUAUUAAUAAGAAAUAACUAAGGGCAUAAGUUGGAUAACGUAUACGUAGGCCCUUACACGGUAAAAAGCCUAGAUACACUUUUACAAAUGUACGUAUGUAUAUACUCGCUGAGCUCUAGCAUCAUCUAAGAAUAAUCCAUCUAUAUAGAUCAUUCUUCCGUAUGGCGAAGGUGUAGUGUAUAAUUGUAAUAGAGUCAUCUUCGUUACUACUAAUUAGGGAAGUUAAGCUUUUAUCUACAGCGGUAGACUGUAAGCAUGCUAGCAGUAAGAAUAAACUCAAUGUAAGAAGCAAUGGCAGAAUAAAGGCGACUCUCAACAAGAGCGUACGGAGCCUUUUAAUACAGUCUUAUCGAAGCAGACAUCGACCGAAGGGAUACCACCCUCGAAU